AUGUGGCCAGUGCAUCAUAUAAUUGCUACGGACGUUUUCAAAGAAGAUAGAGAAGAAGAUAUUGACGAAGCAUGGACGAAUACUGUUUUGCAACCAUGCCGAGAUAUUGUGAAGAGAUUUCUCAAAUGCGAUCGUCACAAUAUUAUUAUUGAGGAUAAAAUGAAUACUUUCAUCAACAAUGAAGAGUUCAACAAGAAAAAAGUGAUCUUCAUAAUGGGGGCCACAGGAACGGGAAAAUCCCGUCUCUCUGUUGACGUUGCCACCCAUUUUCGAGGAGAAAUAAUCAACUCGGAUAAAAUGCAAGUUUACAAGGGACUUGAAAUCGUUACAAACAAGAUCACACACACUGAGAAACAAGGUGUACGACACUAUUUGUUAGGUGAAAUUGAACCAGAUUCAGACUUCACAGCUGAAGAUUUUUGUUUGCAAGCUGUCGUCUACAUAGAAAAAAUACUGAAGACUCAACGUGUUCCAAUUAUUGUUGGAGGGUCAAAUUCGUAUAUCGAAAAACUUGUGGAAGAUCCUGUGUUCAUGUUCAAAUAUAGGUAUAACAGUUGCUUUAUUUGGAUUGAUGUUGAGCAAUCAGUCUUGAACCGUAGAGUUGACAUGAGGGUUGAUCAACUGGUGAAAGCAGGGCUAGUGGAUGAGGUGCAACAUAUUUUCAUUCCAGAUGCAGAUUACACCAAAGGAAUCCGACGGUCUAUCGGUGUACCUGAAAUGGACAGAUAUUUAAGGGAAGAAACAAAUAUAGACGGAGAUGAUGAAUCAAAGCAGAUGAUUCGUCAAGCUUCAAUUACAAGUAUCAAGCGUAAUACUCAUAAAAUGAAUACUUUCAUCAACAAUGAAGAGUUCAACAAGAAAAAAGUGAUCUUCAUAAUGAGUGCCACAGGAACGGGAAAAUCCCGUCUCUCUGUUGACGUUGCCACCCAUUUUCGAGGAGAAAUAAUCAACUCGAAUAAAAUGCAAGUUUACAAGGGACUUGAAAUUGUUACAAACAAGAUCACACAUACUGAGAAACAAGGUGUACGACACUAUUUGUUAGGUAAAAUUGAACCAGAUUCAGACUUCACAGCUGAAGAUUUUUGUUUGCAAGCUGUCGUCUACAUAGAAAAAAUACUGAAGACUCAACGUGUUCCAAUUAUUGUUGGAGAGUCAAAUUAG